GGAGAGGCUGGGUCAGGACCAGGUCCCCCCAGCAAGCGACGUGGCUGGGGAGAUCGAGGCAGUGUCAUGAUGGAGAGGGCUUGUGCUCCCCGAGGUGCUGGCGACCAGAGAAGAGGAACCUCCCGGAGAAAGGGCGGUCCGAGCUCUUGGAUUACAUGGUUCGGGCCAUGGGGACGGAAACCAUGGCACGCAUGAGCGUGGACGGUUUGGGUUUCAUGCUGAGACGUGCUGCUGGGAAGGUUACCCAGGAAGUUUUCGGUAAGGAGGCUGCGGACAAGGUUCCGACCCGAAUAUCAGUUCGUUUGGGGUUCCAGAGUGGUGGUGCGACGUCGCAAGGCACCUUUCUGUGAUAUUGAGCCUCAUAGCAGAGGUUCUCAAGUUUUGGCGGCCUUGGUGUCGAGUUCGUUCGUCAUUGUCGAGAUCACCGCCGUUCACCGUCGAAGGUGUCGUCGGUCGCCGUCGUCGUCGUCGUCCGCCGUCGUCGUUCGUCGUCGGCCGUCGUCGGCCGUCGUGCGCCGUUGUCGUCCACCCACUGGCAGUUUCCCCAGGGGGGUCAGUAGUCGUCGCAUGCGUGUGGCGUGGCCGCUCGUUCCCAGACCUCCCCUUGCGAGUGACGAUAUUCAGCUGCCUUGGUCGUCCGUCGGCAUGGGUGCCGUCGGCUCCCGUCGUGGAGCCCCCGUCGUGGCCGCGCCCCCGCAGUGGAGGUGCCCGAGCCCUGCGAGCGCAGUGAGGGCCCGUGCGCUGCCCGCCUCUCGGAACGGCAGACUUGCCCUUCGUCGCAACAGUCUUGUAGGCAUCGGUAGGUUAUUGUUUGAAUAUUUGAAGGGCGGACUCGUGUCCAUUCCGACCAGCGCAUCUCAACAGGGGACCCCAGACAGGGGGCCUUCGGAGAGACCGUGGACCGACGUGUCCAUUGUUCUCCUGCUCCUGCAUUCUCCGCAGCUCCUCAUCCUUUCCUUCUCCUAUCCCAACUGCAGCGCCCAGCUCUCGGGUUCUCCCCUCCUCGUCUUCGCCCCGUUGGAUCGCCGCCAGAGGCGCGCCGGUGCCCUCGGGCAACGGCGCUCGGAGGCGCCUCGCUCCGCCCUCGGAAGGGGUGUGGACCUCGAGUUGUUGCCGCUCGUCGGUGGCCAAGCACGGCGACCUGCACAGGCGUGAGUGGCGCUCGAGGGAAAGAGGGCGCACUGUUCCCGGUUCUCCGACGUCUCUGCUGGGUUGUCCUUCGCAGGGCUCCCUGGGUUUUUGUUGAGCCUUGGCCUCCUCCAUUUCCUCGUGAGCCCUCUCUCCUUUCCUCCUGUCCC